AUGUCCCAAAACCGUCUCCCAGGCUCCACCCGCGGCGGCGCCAGCGCUCAACCCACACCAGCCAACAACUCCGGCGGAGGCAGUGGCUGGGGCGACGAGGGCUAUCCCAAGGGAGGAGGUCUAGGAACAGCGAACCAGACGUCGUCGGACGAUGGGGUUCCUUCCGACAUCCUCACCACGCCCGCCCUGCAAGGCAUCUCGCAGCAAAAGCAGGCCGCAGAGCAAAAGUUCAUGAGUCGGUGGGAUGAAGGACAUGAUCAGCGAGAGGGAACUUGUGCUACGGAGGAUCAUAGCUUCAUGGGCACGAAGCCUGGUGGGUCGGAUGCGUUGCCCGGUUGGAAUGUGCUGAAGGAUAAGUUGGGAUUGUAA